AUUUGAAGAAGAUAAGGAAUCAGCGUUCUAGUGAUGAUGACGGGAAAAUGUCGGAAGUGAUUAGCCAAAGUUCGAGCUUUACGGACUCCAAGAAAGAUCUGGAGUGCCACACUGCAUCAGUUACAAAGGAAAUUGUGGAGAAAUGUCAGCAGGCCAUGUCGGAGGCCAAUACAGAGGAGGAGGAAGUGUUAAGUCUACAUAUGUACCCUCCCGAUUACAUAGAUGAAGAUUCAGAUGCAAGGAGUGUAACAGCCGAAAGUGAAAUGGAUAUAUCUUUCUACAAGGGAGAGGUAAUGUUGGACCGUAGAGGGGACACACCAAUCAGUGAUGUAUCAUCGAUGUCGGAGAGAAGUACGAUUUCUUCCAGGUUUUCAUCAAGAUUAUCAGAUUUCUUCCGAAGGGGAAAACAGAGCAAACUUAAUGCUCAAGGCAAGGUGUCGCUAGAUGGAGACUAUGGGAGAGGAUAUGGAAAUGGAGAUGACAUAUCAUCGAGCGGAUGUGACAGGUCGCCUACUCCCAUUAACAAAGACACAAAGAAAGCAACUCAUCAAAGCCAGGCAUCCGAGCUAAUUGGCAAUGUCUUCGAACGAGAAGAAAUGCCAGAUCUUGACAUAGAAGAUGAUGGUAGGCCCUCCUCCUCCUCAAGCAGUGAAGAUUCCGUUUGCCGUCCACAAUUCAACUGUCGUGUUGUAGCCAGGCCUAAUGCCGCAAGAGGAUCCAGAAACCUUGUGCAAGCCGCACCAGAUCCGGCGGAGAUCGUUCACCGUAUCGUAAAGUUUGAGACAGGCGUUGAACAACUUAUUGGUGAACAUGCUAUACCGACCAGGGACUACCAAAACAGACAACUUCGACCACGAGGAGCACGUGGACACCGUCUACCGUCAUAUAGUCUCCAGUUCCAGAAACCGAGAGCAGGUAUGAGCUCCGAGACCGUGGUGGGAAGUGGAAUGAUGUACAGCAAAUAUUUUGCCAACACCGUGAGUCGCCCCCAGCUGACUUUGCCAGGACUGUCGGCAACAGACGACUGUCUCACUCAGUGGAUGGUUAGUCAACAGAGGAGGGAUUCCGAACUGUUAUAGAGUGAAGGUGGAAGAAAGGGAUUUUGUAGAGAAGGCAACUGACGUCACCAGGAUGAAAGCGACACGGGUGUCCCGGAGCUGUGGCGGAUCCAGAGGGUUUUUUGGGCUUCAAGAAACCCCUUCACCCACCCUGAGAGUUUUCUUUCCCCACAUGGAACACCCCCCACUCGAGGUGGACCCCGAAGAUGAAGGAUGAAGAAAGUUCGUCGUGAGACGCACAUAUGGUAACUGUGUGGAUUCCGUCAUGAUGCAAAGAAGAUUGCUCUUUGCGAAAAUACUCUUUUUGCGGAACUGUCAUGUAUGAUGUCAAACAUACCCAUGACACAAAUUAGUAGUUUUAAUGUAUAGGUAAACACAAUAAUUGAUAGACCUACAUGUAAUGAUCAUAUAAUGCUGUGCUAGACAGAAAAGUUCGAUGUUCCUACAUAAAUAAUGAGAAGCGGUCAGCUGAUGUUGGCCUUCAGUCGGACACAAGGACACCUGUGGUUUGCUGCGUAUGAUGGAAGGCCAGUUGUUCCAUACGUCAAAACUUUCCAGUAAACGUUUACACGGACACAGGUCAGCAACCCAAUAGAAACGUAUUAAUUGAUCAAAUGCCUCUAUCGCAAAGUAACCAUGCUAUUCAUCGUGAUUAUUCCUGAUUCGAGGAACUGAAGUUAGUGGAUGUACAAGUUAAGUCGAGCAGAGAAGCGGUAUUUGUGUACUGAUCAUGAGUAUGAAAUAGCCUUAGUACUUUUGGUAUUCAGAUCAUAGUUUAAAUGCUAUUCAUGUACUCUCGUGUUUUCUCGCAGAUUUACUGCAUUUUGGUACUGCGAGUUCAUCGCAUUCAUCAUAUUAUCAAACACCACGUGAUAUACUUGUAAUCCAGCAUAGUAUGUAUAUAUGAAUCUAUUGUGUAUAUAUUUCAUAUAAUUUGAAAAUAAAUUGUGUAAAUCAGUUGUAAAUAAACACGAUAUUGUAUAUAAGUAUGUAUAUAUAGUCCACGCCGAGUUUUCCUACCCCUGUGUCUUAUAUCUACAAGUCUAUAGUGCUGUAACUACCGAAUCAAAUAGGGAUGGGAAAUUUACAUAAGUGUGAUGACGCUUAUUGCCUCCUUAUUUUAUAUUAUGGAAAUGUAUAACACAUGAGU